AGACUUAAGAGGGACGUAUUGAAAAGACAGCAUGCAUAGGAUUACAACCCUUGUCUUGCUGCUUUCAGCAGGUCUUCUUGCUUCAGUAAUAAUUUGUUUCAUGCACACACAAAAAGGCUUCAAUCUUUAUUUUUAAAAAAGAUUUUUAAAACUCCAUGUAGGCUUGAUUUAUGGGGUUGUGGGUCAGAGAGACUGUGCCUCCUUCCUGCCUCAUCAUGGGGCAUGUGAACAAAGCAGCUCGCUGCUGCCGAUAGGAAACUAUUAACCCCUGCGAAAGCGGAUGUGCGAUACCUGCGCUUUGUGCUCAGUGCACUGAAUUCUUUUAAACAAGUGAAAUGCUUCAUCUUUCACACCCCACCUACACGAGGGAUCAGAAGGACAGGAGAGCAGAUCCAGGAGCAAAAUAGUCACUCUCAGGAACUUCAUCAUUCGUUGUGAUGUGAAGUCAGCCUCUCGGUGUUGUGCCCCUUCUGGCACACAGUCCCUGACGCUUCACGGCUAUCCUGUUCUGAUGAGAUGCUUGCAGGACGGCGACUACUGGAAGGUUUCAACCUCCGCCAGAGCACACCAUCACUGGACAAUCCCUCUGGCGCUGUUAUGCUGCAGGCCCUCUACAACUACCAAUAUAAAUCUGAGGAUGGGAGGCAGGUGACCAUUGCAGAAGGCGAGAUCUUCCAACUCAUGCACAAGGCCAAUGAGGACUGGUGGCAGGUGCGACGGCUUGGUCAGCCCAAGCAGAAGCGGCCCAUCUUUGUGCCUGCCACCUACAUGAUUGAAGUGCCGCCUGGCACAAGGACAGCCUGCCUGGAAAAUACUGCACAGCAUCCUGGCAUCAAUGCAGAGCAAGAUGGUGGCACUGCUCACUUGGAAGUGCUGUCUUGCUCUCUGAUAGACCUCUGCAUGGAACCACACACACGGCCUUUUCACCACGUCGGCCUCAUGUCCUGCCACAGCCUCCCUCUGCGUUCCCGUCCCUCGUCUUUGGGGAGCAGUCACAGCACAUGUGGCUUGUCCCAAACUGGUGACGCAAGGCAGGAGCAGAGUUCAGAGGAGCAGCUGCUGGCAAGCUGCGCCCAAGAGAUGUUAGAUGAUACUCACCUGCCUCCCCAUCAUCCCGUUGGGGAAAAGACCCCAAUUUACUGCAACCUGGAGGAGAUGAAGCAACCAGCCACAAUGCCCCCCAGCCCUCGCAGCCCCCCACUGCAGGUGCUGGACACCUGGGAGCAGCACAUCGAUUCUGGCUCCCUGCGCAGUUACUAUUACAAGCCAGUGACGGGCGAGAAGUCAUGGAAACCCCCGCGAAGGAGCCAGGAGAUGCGCUUGAGAGAGGCAGAGGGACACAGCCCCUCAGCUCCUGUAGACCCUCCUCUGGGUGAAACACUGGACAAAGACCCAGACGGAGCAAAGAGGGGGGAGCUGGAGGCUGGGAAUCAGGGUCUCAGGACCAGGGACAAGAAGCUGAGCUACACCAAGUCCAUGGUGCUGCCAGAGACACACGUGCCCAAGGGAAGUCAUCGCCGGAACCUUUCACAACACAGUUGUGAGGCCUGGCUAGAGGAAUACCCUGCACCGUCGGGAUCUGCCAAUGGUUCCCCCACAGACAGCCCUGACCUGCUGCAUAUGGUGGAGAAAACCGGACAGCUGAACAAAACCAAGAUUGCAGAAGGAGGCCGAAAACUCAGAUUCAUCCCCAUAGACUCUCACCCUGCUUCUCGCACCCCCACCCCCCGCAGAAAGUGUUGGGCAUCUUCGUGGCUGGUGUUGGCUGGGAACAGCCUCAUGUUCUACAAGGACCCCAAGAUGGCAGCUGCAUGGACUCCAGCCAGUAGCCGGCCUGAAAGCAGUGUGGAUUUGCGUGGUGCCCGCAUUGAUUGGGCCAGGGACUUGUCCAGUAAGCGGAACGUCAUCCAUUUCCGCACCGUGACAGGCAAUGAGUAUCUCCUGCAAUCAGGUAGUGAGGCUGUCAGCCAAGACUGGUUCCAGGCAAUCAGAAGGGUCAUCCGUAGGCUGGAUCAAGAGAAUCCUCUGGAUGAGCCACUUCUGUAUCCACUCUGCCGGUCCAACAGUGCUGAACUUGUGGACCUCAGUGCUGAUGAUGAGGAGGAGCCAGGUGCUCUGAAGAAUGAGGCGGAGGCAGCACCCUCAAGUCCAGACAGAGCCUACAAGAAGCGGGUCAAGAGCAAGCUGAGGCGGUUCAUAGCCAAACGGCCUCCACUGCGGAGUUUGCAGGAAAAAGGACUGAUCCGAGACCAGGUCUUUGGUUGCCGGCUAGAAGCCUUGUGCCAACGGGAAGGGGGCACCGUCCCACGUUUUGUCCAGCAGUGUGUGGAAGCUGUGGAACAGAGAGGACUGGAUGUAGAUGGAAUCUACAGGGUCAGUGGGAACUUGGCCGUUAUUCAAAAGCUGAGAUUCAUAGUUGAUCAUGAGCGGGCAGUGACCUCAGAUGGGCGCUACGUCUUCCCUGAGCAAGAGGAGAAGCUGCGCCUCAGUGACCCCCAAUGGGACGAUGUGCAUGUGGUAACAGGGGCCCUCAAGCUUUUCUUCCGGGAGCUGCCUGAGCCACUGGUUCCGUACAACCUCUUUGAUGAAUUUGUGGCUUGUGUCAAGUCGUCUGAACCCAAGAAAGAAGUAUCCAAGCUUGCAGGACUGAUCCAGAGCCUCCCCCAACCGAACCGGGACACACUGCAUUAUUUACUGGAGCAUCUUCGCAAAGUGAUGGAGCACUCAGAUAUCAACCGGAUGACGACACAGAACAUUGGCAUUGUCUUUGGUCCAACACUCCUGAGACAUGAGCGAGAUGCAACCAGCCUGGUGGAGGGCAUGGUGUACCAGAACCAGGUGGUGGAGCUGCUUCUUACUGAAUUCCCCAGCAUCUUUGUGGCCCCAGGUGCUGAAUGACAUGGCUGGCACCUAAAUCUCAGAGACUGACGAUUUUAUCUUGAAGGCGUACUAAAUCAGAGAUCAUCUAGUCCUGGGGCAAAGCAUUGGCUCGGAGCACCACUGACCUCGCAUUUGCUAUUAGACCAGUAUUGCUUGGCAUCAGCUUCUUGCGGUGUGGAUUUCUAGGUGGCUUGGGCUCUGCAGGGUCAUCAUCCAGGAUCUUGAGACUGAGUCAAAUUUAGAAGCUGGUGCACCAUAGGGAAAGGUGUUCUCUACCUACCCCCACAAAGAACUAUUUCUGACGCCUCAAAUGUAGCUGAGGCAAAAUGAAGCUGAGACUGGCAGCGCUUGGACCUAGGCCCACAGGGUUCAGCACGAUUCCUUGAGUAUGAAUGUGAAAAGAGAAGGAUGUCGAAAAUAGACUCCCCAUUAAUCCUGUCCCUCUGACAUCAUCAUUCAGCCAAGUUCUGCAGCUCAUUCUCUUGAGCCAACAGUUAUGUUUUCUCCACAUGAUGUGCAAGGCUUCUUUGCUCUGUUUUUGCACUCUUCUGCACCAGUUCCUCAUUUUGCCCUUGCUGUAAAGUCAUGCGGUAAAGCAUACAUCCUCUAGGACAGGAACAAGGAACCAAUGCCUGUCUUAAGAGGUUUCUGGACCACAGUUCCUAUUGUCCCUGACCAUUGGCUAUGCUGCCUGGGGCUGAUAGAGUUUCGGAGUCCAGCAUCUUCUGAAAGGAACCAGCUUCCUCAUGCCUGCUCUAGGUCUCCUUCAUGACUCAUUAUGUUAGGGCACAUCAGUACUUUUUAAUUAAAAGAAACGUAAAACUACUUUGAAACUGCCAUGGUUUCCUGAAAACAACGCUGGGAACUAUAGCUUAAUGAAGCUGUUGAAUUUUCUGUACUGGAGAUCCAGUACAGGGUUUUUUGGUCCAGAGCUAUGACAUUUAGGACUGGUUACAGUGGGAAGAGCUGGUUGAAUGACAGAGCAUCCACUCUAAUAAGGCUGUGGCUCUCUGAAUCAUUUGGGUCAUAGCUUAUGGCAGCCUUCCCCAAUCUGUCACUCUCAAUAUGUUUAGGACUAUAGCUCCUAUCAGCUUCAGUGAACAUGACCAAAGCCCAGGAACAAUGGGAGUUAUAGCCCAGCAAUCUCUGAAGGGCACCAGGUUGGGAAGGCUAGCUCAUGGCAUACAAAGAGGUUGGCAUUUAACAACUCAUCUGGUAGCCCUAGUUGAUCAAGAAUCUCUUGUGGGCAAGUGAGCACACUAGCAGAAAAGGAAUGGACCACACUUUGUCUCCUCUGCCAACCUCAGCCAUGGAGGAAGAAGGUUGGUGGAAUGGAGAAAAAGUUAUCCAGCUCACACAGUAGAAGUCCUUUUUUUUUUGGAUGAGUCUUAAAAGUUAGUAGCCAGCCUUUCCAUGCCCACUAUGGAGACAGUGGCUACUACCCUCAUAGCAAACACAUUUUUUGUUUGUUUUGUUUCUGUUUUUGUAGGCUUUUGUGGACUUAUUUACAAGGCUGGCACAUAGUUCCUGGAACUUUUCAUCUUGGUUUUCUCAAUGACUUGUAAUAGUUGAGGAAGGGAAGCAUUCAAUAAAAAGAAUUUCUGAGUGAUCCAUCCCCUCUCUACUGUACAGGGCAGAAUCAAGCAUCUUGGGAACCUCAGUUUGGUGGGGGAGAAAAGCAGUUUCCUAAUGGCUACAGGAAUAAACUAUAGAUCAGGGGUGAAGAACCUGUGGCCCUUCAGAUGUUGUUAGACUCAAAUUCUCAACUGCCCCGGCUGGCAUUGCCAAUUCUCUGGGAUGAUGGGAGCCAGGGGCAGCCCAUCUCAUUUCGCCACCCAAGGUGAAACGGGAAUGUGCUGCACCCCACCCUAUGCUGCCCCUUCUCACCGCACUCAGUGAGAGCUGGAGCGCUCUUUUCCAACCCCAGGGAGGGGGAUGGGACGAGCUACAAUGCUGUGUGCAGGAAUGCUCUUGGGAGUCUGAGAGGAGAUAUGAUAGCCAUCUUCCAAUAUCUAUAGGGCUUGUUUUCUCCUGCUCUGGAGGGUAGGACUCAAACCAUUGGCUUCAAGUUACAAGAAAGGAGAUUCUGGCUAAACAUCACAUCAGGAAGAACAUUCUGAUCGUAAGAGCAGUUCAGCAGUGGAACCAUCUCCCUGGCAAGGUUGUGGACUCUCCUUCCUUGGAGGCUUUAAAGCAGAGGUUGGAUGGCCACCUGUAAUGGAUACUUUAGCUGAGAUCCCUGCAUUGCAGGGGGUUGGACUAGAUGACCCUUCGAGAUUCAAUUCUGUGAUUCCACAAAACAUUUCUGCUUGCCUUCUCAGCCCCGGGGUGGGGUGGUGGUGGUGUGGAGGGGGAAGACAAGCAGCAGUGCCUGCCAUGUAGGAAUGCCCAGGCUCUCACAGACUUCUCUGAGAGUUGGGGCGCUCCUCAAGGCAUUGUUGCUUGUCUUCAUCCCGGGGUGACACCAUGUGCUGGAAGCAGUGGGGCAGAUGGGGCACUGCCUUGUGCACCUCUGCUGUCUGAGGUGGGGGGGUUUCACCCCAUCUCAUUGGUGGGGGCUGGCUCUGAUGGGAGCUGAAGGCCAACAACACCUGGAGCCACAGGUUGCCCACACCUGCUGCAGAGGAUCUGAGGAGGCUCCUGGACAAGGAACUGCCUAAGAAGCAAAAAAUAUAUAUUAGAUGAAUUUAUUCCUCAUCCCUGCAUAAUGCCCCCCCCCCCGGUUGGUUUUCUCCUGGUCCUAUAGUUGUUCAUGACAUUAGGUGCUUGAACAAGAAAGAAAGACUGUAUCCCUGUAGUCAGGAAACUGGUCCAUAAAUGAUCCAUACAAUUUGCUCUCUGAAAUCUUCUGGCUCUUUCUGGCGCAUACUCCAUGUCUGCCCUUCCUUCACUUCUGUGUGGUCUCCCAAAACACUUAUUUGGAAAAUUAACUGACAAAUAGUCCUGUGCUCAAAACAAAUGAAAUGGGUGCAUCCUUGUAUUUGGCAGUGGGUGUUUUUCAAAUAUGACAUUUAAAAGCAUACCUUGGCUUCUUUAUGUGCUAUGUAUGCCACACGCAACUGUUGAAGAAGGAGGAGGAUUUGGUUGUGUAUAAUCAGGAAGCACCGCUAGUUGCUUGCUCCUUAAUAAAUGAUUUUUUUAAAACAUCCAGCCAAUUUGAAAAGGAUCCAUUAUUGACCACCCAAUCAGCUGCAUCUCUAUAUCAACUGCAAUUCAGCUGUCUGGAAAGGUCUGCUUCAAGCAGCUUGUUGGAGCCAUUGCCAUCCAAAAAUCUACUGAGUAAGCAAAGGUUAAUCAGUAGAAGAUUGCCUACAUUAUUUUGGUAGUAAGCCCACUAUGGAAGUUCAGUGCAUUUCCUAGAUCAAGAUCAGGAGCAACCCAUUCUCCUGGUUUUCGGUAUGCUGAAGCUAUAGAGCCCAAGUGAGAGUAUGCUGUGCACACUGGUGACUGGCUGGGCACUUGUUACAAAGCUAUCUCCCCCAUUUUUGGAGCAGUUGGAUGUGUUUCUAAAAUAUUUAAAAGUGACCAAGAUGGAUGCAAGGAGAUAAUACGGAGGGAGAAUCAGUUUCAAUUAAGAAGUUUGAUUAAAAUAACAAUAAUUGAUCUGAGAGCAUGGAUGCUGUAAUGCAUGAUGAGAACCAGGGUUACAUUAGGGAGGAGAAAUAUUUGGGGGCAAGAAAACCAAGGCUAAAAAGAGGCUAAAUGUUUGGUGUAGUUCCACAGCUAUAUGAGUCUCUUUCAAUGUGUAUAAAAGGGACAGAUUUGCUUCUCCUUCCUUAGGAAAUAUUUUCAAUUUUCAUUUUUAUUGGUGUUUUUUCUCUUUAAAAAAAGAGAGAGAAAGAUUUACAGGUAAAAAAUACUUGCACACCUAUAUACAAUCCAUAAAAAUACAUGUCACUAUGAUAUGCCUAGAAAUUUCCUCUAUCACCCACCCUUUUGCUUUAAUACUUUCCCCUUCCCAUAGAUGAACAAAAAAAUCACCUGGAAGGGACAGGCAUUGGUCUAGCUUCCCAGCUAAAAUACAAAAGGAA